AUGUCGAAGUUCCUAGGAGCCACCGCAGGAGUACUCGCCGCAUUAGGCGCAUUGGCUAUCGUGUCAGUAGUUUUCAACAUCCUCAUAUGGGUCAAAGUCAAGGAUAAUGGCUUAACAACUAAAGUGCCUCAACCGCAGACGAUAGAAGUUAAAACUGAGCCAUUGCCGAAGCCAGUAGAGAACAAAAAACAGACGAGCGGAUUUGGAGGAAUUCCAUUCCUCAAUCAUACACUCCGAGAAGACGUGGAUUUGUGGAAGGUGAUGGGAAAGCUUGAGCAGGAGCACGCAAUGGGAACGCUCCUGGGAGCAAUGGUUUCGAUCGAUUUCAAGGAUGUCUCGAAAAACUCUUUGUACCUCUCACAGCCAAUUCUUCCAAUUGCUCGAGAUUUCUACGUUCUACCACAAUUCAAUAACAUAUUGGACGAGCGCGUCAAAACAAUCAACAAUAUAUUGGUUGCAUUUGCAGAAACAGUUUUAGUAGAUUGUUCACCGUAUCUCAAUCUAAUAAAACAGACAGCAAAAGCUGUGGUAAAGUUUGAAGUGCAGAUUGCAAUGGCAUCCUGGCCAGACAGUGCAAUGAGAAAUUAUGCACAACAAUACAAUCCGUACACUCUGGAUGAGCUUAAAAAAGCAUAUCCAUCUAUCAACUGGACAAGCUACUUCGACGCUUUACUAUCAUCCGUAGAUAAACACGAUAUCGACAAGAAGAAUGUGGGCGGCGAUGUUGAUAAUAUCAUUAUCACUCAACCAUCAUACUUUGCUUGGCUUAACACUCUUUUCACGGAAGGGCAUGACAAAAACCUUAUCGCUAAUUAUCUCCUAAUGAACAUGAUUUUCGAGGAAUCUGAUUUUCUCGGCGGUAAAUUCCAAAGCCAUACCAAGAAGGUUGGGUACGUGAAAUACGCUUUGAGAAGAGGAAAAGGGGUUGCGAGAGUUGGCGCACAACCGUUCCAUCGGGCCCGCAACACUGUUGAUGAUCCGAACAUAGAAUGCUUGAACAUGAUGAUGAUUUACAUGCCAUUUGGACCAGGUGAGCAAGUCAUAUUCUUUUACACUCCAGGUUAUGUCUACGUGAAAUCUCAGGAGAAUCGUGAAAAGGUGGCAGAGGAUGUUAAGAACCAGACUGAACUCGUCUUUAAACAUUUCACAGCUAUGAUGAAGAAGUUGCCUUGGAUGUCGAAGAAAUCUCUAGAAUUGGCUGAAUACAAAGCCGGAAAUAUGACCAAAAUCUAUGGUUGGCCUAGGGACUUAUUCGGUGACUUCAAAAAUAGCACAAUCAUCGACAACUAUCACAAGUUUCUCAGCAGUUGCAUAGUAACAUUUCCAGGUGUACAAUUCUCGGAAAAUGGCACCCUUAGUGGCUGCACUUGGCUUGAAUGUGGAUGGAUGGAGCCCGAAUCCAAGGCGGCCUUCAGGGAUAUGGCACAGUGUGUUGUCACUCAGUACAGUACACAAUGUUGCCCACAAAAGAGUGGUAAUAUACAUUGCGCUAACGGUGAAACUACUCAAGGAGAGAAUAUUGCCGAUAUA